ACUCUGACAGUUCUAAAUUUUGAUUGCGUCUUAAGACCUUAGGCGUCCUCACAAACCCACAAUGUCAAAUCAAGGCGAUUCGGAAACCCUCAAACACACUGAGGAGUGGAACCAGAAAUUGUCGAGCAGCGUUCGAAUCGGUGACAUCAAUAUUGUCAAAAAAUGUCUCAAACACGGCGCUGAUAUCAAUUCUCAAGAUUCCACAGGCAAUACUCCACUCACGUACGCAUGCGCUAAGGGAAAAUUUGAGAUUGUUGACUACCUAGUGAGCAAAGGAGCAGAUGUGCACAAAGUAGACGCAAACCAAAAAACUCCUCUGUCAUUAGCGGCUUCAGAAGGCCAUGUAGACGUCGUUAGAUUUUUGCUCACUAAAGGUGUCAGUGUUAACCAUCUUGAUCCGGAUGGUAACACCCCUCUGGCAAAUGCCGCUAUGAGAGGUCAAGUGGCAACUAUGGAACUUCUGGUAACGGAAGGAGCUAAGAUCGAUGUGGCAGCCAAAAACGGUCAGAUGCCUCUAUCAUGGGCUGCAAGACACGGCGUUAAAAAUGCCGCUAAAUUCCUUCUGGAUAAAGAAGCUGAUGUUAAUAUUGUAGAUCCAGAUGGGAAUACUCCACUAGCUAACGCGACCAUUUCCGGAUUGCUUGACAUGGUCGCGUUUCUUGUCAAAGAAAGAGCUGAUGUGUCGAGGUUUGGAAAAGACGGGAAACCUCCUCUGCACUGGGCUGCAACUGAAGGUCAUCUAGAACUUGUCAAAUUUUUGUUAUCAAAAGGCGCUGACGUUAAUGGGGUUGAUUAUUUUGGUGAGAGUGCGCUAGCAAACGCUGCAAGAACUGGGAAAUUUAACGUAGUGGAAUAUUUGGUGACAAAAGGUGCAGAUGUGGCUAAAGUAACGAAACACGGUAGUACACCACUUUGUUAUGCAUCUCUUGGCGGUUUCUUAGAAAUCGUAAAAUUUUUACACAAUAGUGGUGCCGAAGUUAAUUGUAGCGACCCUAAUGGUUGCACUGCACUUACCAACGCUACACAUUCAGGACACUUGGAUGUGGUGAAGUAUUUAGUGAAUUCAGGGGCUGAUGUUUGUAAAUUGGGAGAAAACGGUGAAGCUCCCUUAGCAAAAGCGGCAGCUAAUGGUCACCUCAGUAUUGUAAAAUUUUUCAUAGAGAAAAACGCCAAGUUAAAUGGCUUAGAUCAAGACGGGAACACUCCUUUAACCAAAGCUACACUAUCAAACCAGUUUGAAGUAGUUAAAUAUUUGAUAAAUGAAGAUGCGGAUGUUUGCAAAUACGGCCCCACUGGCAAAUCCCCUCUAAUGGCGGCUAUACAAAUCGGAAACUUGGACUUAAUUAUAUACUUGGUAGACAACGGGGCAAAACCUACCCUUCAGACUGUGUUUUUAGAAGCUAUUCGAAAAAGCGAGUUAACUAUAGUGAAAUACUUGCACGAAGCUGGAGCUUGCAUCAAUUUUACAUACGACAGUGGUUGCACCCCUUUAACCAAAGCCAUCGAAUUCGGUAAUGUUGCUGUGACGAAAUACCUAAUUGAUAACGGUGCUAAUAUCCAAAUUCUCGACAACGACGACAAAAGUUCUUACUUGAUGAAGUACUUACAAAGGAAAAAUUACGAUAUGGUAAAACUACUCGUGGAAAUUGGAAUUGGUCUUGAUGGAGCAGCUCAUUGUGGGUAUACUCCUUUGACGAAAAGUGUCGAAAUGGAAAAUUACAAAUUGGUAAAAUACUUUGUCGAACAAGGUGCUAAUAUUAACCAAAUGGAUAAUAAUAGAAAAACUCCUUUGUCCAUAGCUGCGGCUAAUCAUUAUUUUCGGAUUGUUAAAUUUCUGAUCGAUCGUGGUGCUGAUGUCGAUCUGGCAAAAAAGGAAAGUGAAGACUAUGCUAAAUGGAAUGAAGAUUUUGCUAUUUAUUUGAGAAAUUUGAAAACCACUCCUUCUAUAGAAACUGCCAGCACAAGUGAAGAGUCAGCUAUGUAAAGCUUCGCGAAACUAGAAAGUAGAACACCUUUCUGGGGUUUUAUUAUUGUAAUCGUGGUAUUUACGAGUAAAGCAACACUUGCGUCA